CCCUUCAAUAAUCCAAAAUAAAAAAAGGGUGGCGCCUAGGGUUUUAGAUUUUCUCCCACCACUGGAAGUGUAGCUGCAUUGACAGAAAGCCAAAGAGAAAUCAAAUCAAAUCGAAGUGAAGCCGAGAAAUCAUGUUUCCAGGAAUGUUUAUGCGAAAACCAGAUAAGGCAGCGGCAUUGAAGCAGCUAAAGACCCAUGUGUCCAUGUUCGGUGUGUGGGUCGCCGUCGUCCGUGUUACCCCUUACAUUCUCCACUACCUUUCCGAUGAGAAAGACGAGCUCAAGCUCGAAUUUUAGACGCCUCUCUCUUCCCACUACAAGGAAGUGGGAGACACUGAGUUGGAAUGAAGACGUGUGUUAGCUUCAGUAUGUUUUCAACUGGAAGAAUGCAAGGCCAUUGUGGGCGUUAGAUUAUAUCUAUGUGGCAUUUUAUAAUUUUGAAAUAUUCUAUAUUCUGAUAUUAUAUCAUGACUGGUUUAGGAUAAUACUUAAUGGAAUGUACUUUUGGUUUCAUGGUAGUAGUAGCAACAUGAAAGAGUUGAUAUCCAAAGAGUAAAUUAUAUUUUAAUUUUUGAA